AGAUGGCAACAAGGGCGCUGGACAGUAAAGUUGUUGAAAGACACCAUCUCCAAGCAUGUGUACAAGAAACCUUUACGGUACAAGAAUGCAUAGACAAGAUUGGAUUUGGGAAAUUUCAGAUCAAGCUAUCUAUUCUUGCGGGACUAGCAUGGAUGGUAGAUGCUAUGGAGAUGAUGGUUCUGGCGAUUCUGUCACCUGCACUACAUUGUGAAUGGAGACUGAAGGGAUGGCAGGAGGCUUUAAUUACAACUGUUGUGUUUUGCGGUAUGAUGAUAAGCUCUAGUGUGUGGGGAUCCAUAUGUGACAAGUACGGACGUAGGACGGAGCUGAUCAUGUGCUCAACCAUCACCUUCUACUUUGGUUUUUUAAGCAGUUUUGCGCCCAAUUUGAUAUGGAUGCUUAUUUUACGAGGUUUUGUUGGAUUUGGCAUUGGUGGAGCUCCACAGUCAGUCACGCUGUAUGCGGAAUUUCUACCAACAAAAUCACGAGCCACAUGCGUAACUUUAAUAGAACUCUUCUGGACUACUGGCGCAUGUUUUGAGGUUAUAUUAGCUCUACUCAUUAUGCCCAGGCUAGGAUGGCCAUAUUUUUUGGCCUUUUCGUCAAUACCAAUUUUUAUUUUCUGCUUUUUCUGUAUUUGGUUGCCGGAAAGUGCGCGUUAUGAUUUAGCCAGAGGCUGUUAUGAUAAAGCUCUUCAAACGCUAGAAAAAAUAGCCAGAGAGAACGGCAAGUCUAUGCCAAGUGGAAUGCUAGUAGAUAAUACCCAUAAAAUUCCCAAAAGGGGCAGAUUUAGUGAUCUGUGCAUUAGAAGACUACGACUAACUAUGAUGUGGACUAUAUGGUUUGUCUCGGCUUUUUCUUACAACGGGAUUGUCUUGUUGACUACGGCAAUGUUUGAAAGUCCAGACGGCUGCCACGGUACCGACGUGAAGAUAAGUGACUUUUCUACUUGCUUUCUUGAAUGCAAAUCCUUAACCACUGAAGACUACAUAGACCUGACGUGGACAACUGUUGCUGAAUUCCCAGGACUGUUCCUCACAGCUUUUUUACUCAAUAAAAUUGGUAGGAAAAAAACUAUGAUAGUAGAGUUUGGCAUCUUUGCUGUCGUCGUUCUAUUGGUCAAUUUCUGCAUGACAAGAGCUCUUUUGACAUUUCUUUUGUUUGUUGCAAGGGCUUUUAUUUCAGGGGCAUUUCAGGGUGCUUAUGUUUAUACUCCUGAGGUUUAUCCUACAACUAUGCGAGCACUAGGCCUUGGUACCUGCAGUGGCAUGGCUCGUUUAGGCGCUAUAGUGACGCCUUUCGUCGCGCAGGUCUUGCUCAAGGAGUCAGCCUAUGCUGCCAUUUCUUUAUACGGCGGGAUGUCAAUCGUUGCCGGUAUCGCGGCUUUUCUCCUACCCAUUGAAACAAAAGGACAAGAUCUGAAGGAAUCUGGUGCUGAAGUACCGAAAAGAAAGCAGAAAACCUUAGAUUUUUCGUAGCUCUAUAAGAAUCCAACCAUAGCAGUUUAAGAAUUAAAAACUGAUGGAUUGCCCGUGCUAACUAGUGUUAGCAAUCUAGGCUACAUUUUAUACCUAUAUUCUCAAUUUAAUCAAU